CUCUUAUCAACACUAUAAAUACCCUCCUCAUUCUGCUUCUCAUUCCACGCACUUAGCAAUCAAUCAAAACAUUCCCAAUAACAAUAAUAUACACAUCUUCAAUUAAGCUCCUUCUCCUAUAGCCAUGGCUCUUUCUAAGCUUAUAAUUGCUUCCCUUCUUGCGUCGCUUCUCCUUCUUCAUUUCGUUGAUGCUGAUCAAUCGGCACAUGCACAAACGCAGGGGUCUCUUCUUCAGCAGAUAGAUUGUAACGGAGCAUGUGCUGCGAGGUGCCGUUUAUCAUCUCGUCCACGCCUCUGCCAAAGAGCUUGUGGAACUUGUUGUAGACGCUGUAACUGCGUGCCACCUGGCACUGCUGGAAACCAAGAAGUGUGUCCCUGCUAUGCAAGUUUGACUACUCAUGGUGGCAAACGCAAGUGCCCUUAGACUUAAUUGGACCACUAUCCUAUGCAUGCCUUUGAUUUAUAUUAUAAAAUAAAAAUAAUACUAUAUAUAACAUGUUAAUUGCUUAAUAUGUGCUUUAAGAGUAAAGAAUAACAUCGUGAAAUCAAAUUACCCCUUUUUCAAUACGUGUUGAAUCAUCGAUCUUGGUUUGUAAUUUGGUUGUAUAUUCACAAAAUUAAUAAGUAUAUUGUGAUGUGAUUAAUUCCCUUCUCUGUUAUGGUGUACUUGCCUUCCCUGUAUUGUCCAUCUCCAUCGUCUGUCUAUUAAUAAGAAUUCUUAUGUGAUAUUUUCAUUUCA